CUGCAGAUAGUGGCAAAGAGAGAGCCGACUGGCUGACUUCCGCAUAGGUGUAGGAGUUCUAUAGGUUCCGGCAGAUGCAGUGGCACAGCGCAGAGUGUACCGGAAGCUUGUUGUGUCCGGCUUUACAUUUUGCAGCUGACAGCUGUCUUCUCAGUGCUGUAGCCGGACAGGGAUGGUGUGGUCAUCAUGGUCCUCUGUAUAUGUGAUCUCCUGCAACUGCUGGCUGCUCUGGCGGCUGUAGUGUUGCUGCUGGUCGCAGUUGUAGCACAUGUGACUGCCAAGAAAAUGCCAAAUCUGCACCGACAUGACGCAGAAAAGUUCUUCAUUGGAAACAAAGGAGAAAAAGAACCUUUUCCCAGCAUCCACGACCCUCCGGAGAAAGACCUGUCUGUGGUUGUUCCUGCAUAUAAUGAAGAAACGCGGUUACCUAUUAUGAUGGAUGAAGCAAUGGAAUACCUUGAAAAGAGACAGAAGCAACGUCCAUCUUUCAAAUAUGAGGUCAUCGUUGUAGAUGAUGGAAGUUCUGAUGAAACAACACAGGUUGCCUUGAACUACUCCAAAAGGUAUGGAAGUGAUAAGGUCCGCGUGCUCACACUAGUAAAGAAUCGUGGCAAAGGUGGAGCUGUGCGGAUGGGAACUCUGGUGUCACGAGGCAGGACUGUAUUAAUGGCCGAUGCUGAUGGUGCCACCAAGUUUGCAGAUCUAAAAAAUGUUGAAGAUGGACUUGAGAGUCUAAAACCCGGGCCAGAUAACUUGGCAAUAUCAUGUGGGUCACGGGCGCACCUAGAGAAUGAGUCUAUAGCCAAGCGUUCUGUGUUCAGGACCUUCCUUAUGUAUGGUUUCCAUUUCCUUGUCUGGUUUUUGUGUGUCCGGGGAGUCAAAGACACACAGUGUGGCUUUAAGUUGUUUACAAGAGAAGCUGCUGCCCGCACAUUCACAGCUCUUCAUGUUGAUCGAUGGGCGUUUGAUGUGGAGCUCCUAUAUAUAGCUCAGUGCCUGAAGAUCCCAGUUGCAGAAGUUGCAGUAAACUGGACGGAAAUUGAAGGAUCCAAGCUGGUGCCUUUCUGGAGUUGGCUGCAGAUGGGCCGAGACCUCCUUUUUAUAAGACUACGUUAUCUAACCGGUGCCUGGAAGAUGGACACUACUGGCAAAUUGAAUUAGCUAGUUUUAUCACGGUACACAGGGAAACAUGGAAGCCACGAGGUGUGAAGCAUCAUGGGUAACUUUGGCACGCUCGUUGCUGCAGUAAAGUGCUGGAGUCUCUUUUCCUAAUCUUUGCACUGAUGCAGAAAUCUAUUUAAUGGUAUAUUGGAGUCGUCUUCUGUUUCAUACAUGGUGGUAGCAAAUGUGAACGUUCUGAUACUAUAUAACGCGUUCAGACACUGCUGGUACAGAUACAUGACAUUUGUUGUCUGUAAACAGGUUAAUGGAGAAAGCUGUUCACUUCUUAUCUAUUCAUUUAUAUUAUUAAAUGCACUACGAAAUCCAGCGUGCAGACGUUUAUGACAUCAGUAAUGUUGUGAUGAGAUAUUCCAAAGUUGGCAUACUCUGCCUAAUAUAUACUAUACUGUAACUCAAUCCCUGCAGGAUUCUUGGUGCAUUGCAUUAGUCAGGAUUUUCUAGGCACAUUCU